AUGCCCAACCAAUAUAGGGCUCCUGAGGUCGUACUCAAAAUGAGUUGGGACCAAAAGGUGGACGUCUGGAACAUGGCUCUGGUCGCCUGGGAUAUCGUCUCUACCCGGAGUCUUUUUCAAGGUCGGAAUACAGACGGUAUCUUUGAUGACCGGGUUGACAUUGCUGAGAUGAUCGCUCUCGUUGGAUCUCCUCCUCCGGAAUUUUUUCACAGGAGCGAGGUCGGCUAUAUCUCGCACCGGUUUCCGAUAUCACACUCGAGAGUUUGGGUGCCAAAAUCCAAGGCGACAAUAAGGAAAGCUUUUUCUGGUGGUAACGAAAGGCACUGCAAUGGAACCCCGAGGAUAGACCAACAGCCCACGACCUCAUGUUUAACGAGUGGUUGUUAG